AAAUGUUAUACACCAGUGAAAAAUAUAGUCAGCCCUUUGUGGCUCCAAUCCGAUUGUUUUCUAUAUUGAUCAUUUUUGUGUGCUUGUCGACUGAAAUAAUCACUAUACCAACGCCUACGCAAGAAUAUUCAAAUUAUACUACAGAAAAUUUAACUGCAUUGGCAGAAAAUACGACGAAUGAUGACUUAUAUAUUAUAAGAGCAGUAGUAUACGAAAUUGGAGUUUUAACGGAUACUGAUAACAGCACUGAUGACAAUCCAGAAAGACGCGAAGAAGUUAACAUUUCAAUUUACAAUCCACCACAUCAAGAUAAUGGCUUGUUAGAUUUGGACAAAGUCCCAAUAUCAACUGAAAAUACUUUGAGUACAGAACAAAGUAACGAAGAAACAUAAUAUAAUAAUAUGAUAGAAAAUAAUUUCCAUUAAUAUAAUAUGCAUUAAAAUGAAAGAGACUAAUCGUUUCUCAAUGCAUAUACAUGCAUAUAUAUAUUUAUUUAUUUAUACUUAUUUAUAAAUACUCCUUAACAAUGUAUUGUUUCUUUUUCGUUCGCUCACAAAUUCGAUUUGUUUGAUUAGUUCAGAAAACGAUUUCGAAAAGGACAAUGGAUAGAUAAUAUAUUCCAAGCUUUUUAACAACAAUGGACAUUUUUAUCGAUCAUUUACCAAUUAUUUUAAUAUUUUAAUACACUCUAUUUGUAUUGCAGAUUGUUUAAACAUAUAUGUACUAAUAUAAGCAUUCCAUACUCUCUUAUUAAAAUACUUUAAAUAAUAAAUAAUUUUGAUCU